AUGUUAACAUUCGCUACACAGCCAGAGAAGCCGUCAACAGCCACAGAAACGACACACUUUGGAUUUAGAGAUGUCCCCAGAUCAGAAAAGGAGAGCCUUGUCAAAGAGGUCUUCUCUUCGGUCGCGUCAAAGUAUGAUGUGAUGAACGACGCCAUGUCUAUGGGCGUACAUCGCCUCUGGAAAGACGAAUUUGUCUCGUCCUUGAAGCCGGGCAGCGUCAAAGUCGGCAAGGUCACUCGUUGCAUAGACGUCGCAGGGGGCACGGGAGAUAUUGCUCUGCGCAUUCUCGACUAUGCUCGAGAGAAAAAAGCGGACCGGGACAUUACCGUUGACCUCGUCGACAUCAACCCAGACAUGCUAAAAGAAGGCCAGAAGCGGUUUAGGAAGACCAUGUAUCACGGAUCACCACAAGUGGCCUUUCACGUCGGCAAUGCCCAAGAUCUAGGAAAGGACCGCUUCCCAGACAACACCUACGACAUCUACACCAUUGCGUUUGGUAUCAGGAAUUGUACCGACAUACCGGCAGUUCUUUCAGAAGCCUACCGUGUCCUGAAGCCAGGAGGGGUGUUUGCAUGCCUCGAAUUCAGUAAAGUAACCCAACCGGUUCUAGCAUCGCUUUACGAGCAAUACUCGUUCUCGGUCAUUCCGCUGCUUGGGACAAUCCUCGCUGGUGAUCGAGCGUCGUACCAAUACCUCGUGGAAUCCAUCCGAAAGUUUCCUUCACAACAAGAGUUUGCACGGAUGAUUGCAAAUGCUGGAUUCGAAGUCGGAGAGCUCGAAGAUGGAGGCGCCUGGCGAGAUCAAUGGGGAGGGAUUGCGUCCAUACAUACGGGUGUCAAGCUUGCAUAG